GAGCCCCUAUGCCACUCCUGCCACUGUGCCUCCCCACUUCACGAGGCGCGCCAUAGCCAUAGUAGCCAUAGGUUCGGCAGCAAGGGUGGAUCCGUGUGGGAGAGCCAGAGCCAGUGGCCAAGCUCAAGCUGCGAGCCAGCCCAUCCCGGCCUCCUCUCGCUCCGUAUAAGAGCCACCACCGGGCCGUCUGUGUUCUUGACACUCGCACUUGCCAGUAGUAGAAGCAACCAGCUCCGUGAAGCGAGCGAGGCACCAUGCAAAUGCCGCCGGAGAUGAGGGGGCGGCGCGGCAGCAGCUGCGGAGGCGGGGGCGUGGUGCAGAGAGGCGGUGCCGGGGAGGCGGUGGGGCGGUCGCAGGCGCAGGGGCACUACCGCGGGGUCCGGAAGCGGCCGUGGGGCCGGUACGCGGCGGAGAUCCGCGACCCGUGGAAGAAGACGCGGGUGUGGCUCGGCACCUACGACACCGCCGUCGACGCCGCGCUCGCCUACGACCGCGCCGCCGUCGCGCUGCGCGGGUCCAAGGCCCGGACCAACUUCGGCAGCGGCCACCUCCCCCCGCACCACCACCACCACCACCAGCACCAGCAGCAGCAGCAGCCGUGCCUGCUUCCGCGGCCGCCGGCACGGCCCUUCGGCGGGCGCCUCGACGUCGCAAACCCGUCCCCCUGGCACUUCGUCUACUUCCCGUCCAGGCUGCAGGAGUUCCUCGCGCAGCCGCUCCCGGCCCACGCCGCGCCGUCGCUGCCGUCCACGGUGCUGGAGCUCCGGACGGGGCCCAGCAGCUGCCCCCAGUUCGACCUCAACGAGCCGCCGUCGCUGCUGUUUGGGUCCUGAUCUCUUUCGCCGCGCAAGGGUGUAGAGCUCCAGCUUCCAGGCGUAGGAUCAUGGUAGGUAGUAGAGUACUACGUACGUAGUGAGUACUGAGUAGAGUAGAGGUAAUUUAGUGGGGUGGUGGAGAAGACUCGUCCGUGUCUUGUGUACAUAUACUGCUGCCCAUUUCAGCAAAAUUUCACAUUGUGUCGCUGUCGCC